GGUAAAUUUUUUCAAACAGGAAAUGGAACUGGUCAAGUGACAAAAAUGUCGACCUCAUCUUUUCAAAACAAAAUAAACGAUCUUGAACGACGUUUAUUCAAUGAGAAUAAAUCAAGGGAAAGAGAUCGAGCGAGGCCCAGCAUAGAUCAGGUUCCGCGUAAACCAAAACCAUUUGACCUUGGUGCAGCGUCUAGGUCAAGCUCUGCACCCUCCUCAGGUAGACGGAGACCAGGGGCUCUGGACUGUGUGCCGGCACACAGACAGCCAGAUGGUGCUGAGAUUGAACAAAAGUACACUGAGAUUAUGAAACAAACAGGGAUUUUAACUUUAAAUGGACAGAAAGUUCCUACAGAUAUCACAGAGCUGGAGCACAUGGGAGAACUUGGACAUGGCACAUGUGGACAGGUUGUGCGAAUGAAGCAUAAGAAGAUUGGGGUCAUGAUGGCAGUUAAGCAAAUGCGUCGUGGUGGAAACAAGGAGGAGAAUAAGCGUAUCAUCAUGGACCUUGAUGUGGUGCUGAAGUCCCAUGACUGUCCAUAUAUAGUGCAGUGCAUAGGCACCUUUAUCACCUCUAGUGAAGUCUGGAUAUGCAUGGAAUUAAUGUCAACAUGCCUCGAAAAAUUGUUGAAGAAAACCCACCGUCCCAUUCCAGAGAAAAUUCUUGGCAAAAUGGCUGUAGCAAUGGUCAAAGCUCUGAACUACCUCAAAGAGGAGCACGGAGUCAUUCACAGAGAUGUGAAGCCCUCCAACAUAUUGCUGGACGAGACAGGCACAGUGAAGCUGUGUGACUUCGGCAUCAGCGGCAGACUUGUUGACUCCAAGGCAAAAACUCGCAGUGCAGGUUGCGCAGCGUACAUGGCGCCUGAAAGAAUAGACCCUCCUGACCCCACACGACCAGAUUAUGAUAUUAGAGCCGAUGUGUGGAGUCUUGGAAUCUCAUUGGUGGAGUUGGCAACAGGAGAGUUUCCAUACAAGAACUGCAAGACAGACUUCGAAAUGCUGACCAAGGUUCUUGAGGAUGACCCACCUCUACUGCCCACAGAUCAAAACUUUUCCAAGGAAUUUUGCUCAUUUGUCAAAGAUUGCCUAACUAAAGAUUAUAGAAGAAGACCAAAAUACAGAAAGUUGUUAGAGCAUCCUUUUAUCAAGAUAUACGAGACACUUCCGGUAGACGUGGUCACAUGGUUUAAGGAUGUGUCUGUCCACAUAGAGCCUCAUCAAGACGUCUGAACUCGUUAAUGAUUCCUUGAAGGGUUCAUGAGACAAAGAGGUGUCAAUCUCAUUCAUCUUGGUGCAGACUGGAUCCAGUCCUGUUUGGGCAGCUUGAUACAAACAAUUUCACAGGAUAUUGAUGAUUGGGCUGUAGCUGUGAACUGUUCUGUCAUUGGUCAGCUGCAAUCUGAAACAAGACUUUCUAUUGGUCCUUUAGGACCACUGCACCAGGAAUUUAACCAAUCAGACCUGUUUUUAAAUGUCCACUGGUUUGGACAAGCAGCCAAUAAGAUCAUUUUGUACAUGUACAUUAUUUUGUCAUUGUCAUUAUGAUUUGUUAUUUGUCUCAGCAUCAACUGUAGUCCAAAACAUAUGAAUCACAUGGUUAUAAACAAAAUGUUUUUUAUACAAACACAAAUACCUUAUUAACUUGAUGUUUGCAUCUUUUUGUGUAUGUCCAAGAAAUGGUGAUGAAAUUGUGUGCAUCUACUAUUAAAUUUAAUGUUUUUAAAUGA